AUCUUCUGUACGCACUGGGAGGUUGAGAAAGCGCAGGAGGAGGGGGAAGAGGCUUCUGUUGGUAUAGGAGGUAGUCGGCAGGAGGUGCAGGGUCGGCGGAGGAUGAGGUCAAUGAUCGUGGGUCCGACAAAGGAGGAUGGGGAUGAUGGAUCUCUGGAGUCAGAUCAGGUGCAUCUCUAACAGGUUGUUUUUCAAGCGCCCGCGGUGAUAGAUGGCUCUGAUCGAAGGAUGCAGGCUCCGUGGUGUUGGUGUUGGUGUUGAUGGUGGAUGGUGCAGCAGUUGCAGCAGCGGCAGUAGCUGGGACGUGGACGCGAAUGGGCGGUGGAAAGGGGCGAGGGAUGGGCGUGUUUCUGGCGGCCGCGGGCCUGGUGCUGAUGCCGGCUGCGGUUGGCGGGCGCUUGCUGGGAGAAGGAGCCCUAGAAUUUCUGCUGGCCUUCGAUUAUGCAGGAACAAGGACCUCGACAAACUCUCUUCGCUGCUGCUGCUGCUGCUGUUGCUGCUUCGGGCACUCAACCGCCUGCGCAGCAUCCUGCGCUCUCGACUGCAAUCCUGUGUGAACCGACAACGCGCUCACACGACCGAAUUUGCAAAUUGGGAUCCCGGAGAGGGAGAACGUCAAAGACAGAGACAGAAGGGAAUAAUCAUUCCUCUUGGUGCCCUACGCGGGCUGACUCGAGGCUAUUCCGUAUCCUUUUGCCCUAUUAUAUUGGCCUUUGUGCCACCAUGCCUCCCGGAAUCAGCGUCCCUCACUUUCCAGCUGGUUUGACGAAGUUUGAGCCACUUCGCACCAUUUGGCCUAAGCGAUCCUCGUUCUCCCCUACGUUUUAUUGAUCGCUAGACGGCAUCCCACGCCGGGACUUCCUUUCCGCCUCUCCCAAUUCGUAUAAAUGACUUGCGAGGGCUCAGCGUUCCCUUCGAGUGCAACUCAAAGAG